AUGGUGCUUCACAACCCUAACAACUGGCAUUGGGUCAACAAAGAUGUUUCGGCAUGGACCAAGGACUACCUCGAUGAGCAUCUGGUUGGACUGAAAGCGGAAAAUGGCCCAAUCAACGCUCAAGUCAGCAAGUUGCUCAGCAUGGACGGCGAUGUGGACGUGUCACAACGGAAAGGCAAAGUCAUCACCAUUUUCGACGUGCGGCUACAGCUUGAGUGGACCGGCAGUAUACCUCUGAAGGAGAAGGUCAAGGAGAGCGACGGAGAGGAUGCGCCAGAGAUUGAGAAGGAGGUGCAGAAAGAUGUGUCGGGAACAAUCACAAUACCAGAGGUUGCACACGAUACGGAGGAGGACGAGUACGUGUUCGAAGUAGAGCUUUACUCCUCCUCCCUCGACAAAGAACCUGCCAAGGAUCUUGUUCGCAAGGACAUCACGCCCCAACUUCGUGCCGCACUGCAGAAGCUCGCUCCAGCUCUGAUCACAGAACACGGUAAAGACAUCCAGCACGCCCCCGGCUCCAACCCAUCCAGUGGCUUCCCCGCCGUACGGACUCUUCAAUCGUCUUCCGUCAACAAAGACAAAUCCUCCAACUCCUCAGCAACUACCACUUCCAAUGGCUCCUCCACCGGACCCAAAGUCAACACAACCACCCUCUCCGACCAGCAAGAGUUCCGCACGACCGCCUCAGAAGCCUACCAAGUCUUCAUCGACCCUCAGCGCAUCGCAGCCUUCACGCGCGCCCCGCCCAAGCUCUUCGAAGGUUCCACUCCCGGCAGCAAAUUCGAGCUCUUUGGUGGAAACGUUCAGGGCGAGUACGUCAAGCUAGAAGAGCCAACAUACAUUGAGCAGAAGUGGCGAUUGGCACAGUGGCCGGCGGGACACUUCAGCACGUUGAAGAUAAAGUUUGAGCAGAACGAUGUGGAUGCUGUGACGGUCAUGAGAGUGGACUGGGAGGGCGUGCCGAUCGGGCAGGAGGAGCCUACGAAGAGAAAUUGGGAGCAGUACUAUGUUAGGAGUAUUAAGCAAACUUUUGGGUUCGGAACCAUCUUAUAG